AUGGCGGCUGCACAGAGGCUCGUGAACUGCCCAGGAAUAUUCCUGAUUUCCUUUCUCCUGGGAUCCUUGUGGGAGACCGGGUCCGGGCAGAUCCGCUACUCGGUGCCCGAGGAGAUGGAGAGGGGCUCUUUUGUGGGCGACAUUGCCCAGGACCUUGGGCUGGGGCCCCGCAAGCUUUUGGAGCGCGGAGCCCGCAUUGUUUCCAGAGGUAAGAAGCAGCAUUUUGCUCUGAAUGUCAGAAGCGGCAGCUUAGUCACAGCAGACAGAAUAGACAGGGAGGAGUUGUGUGGGAAAGCAUCCGUAUGCGUUGUAAACGCAGAGAUUCUGCUAGAGGACAAAGUGAAAAUUUAUGGAGUGGAAGUGGAAAUAAGUGAUAUCAAUGAUAACACACCCAGCUUUGGUGCAGAAGAAAGAGAAAUCAAAAUAAGCGAAAGCGCAGUGCCAGGAACAAGGUUUCCCCUUCCGGAAGCCUUUGAUGCAGAUAUAGGAAUGAACUCUGUUCAGAGCUACCACUUGAGUCCGAAUCAUCAUUUCUCUCUGCGUGUGGAAAAACGAAGGGAUGGAGCCAAAUAUCUAGAGCUGGUGCUGGAGCAUGCUCUGGACCGAGAGGAGGAGCCUGUUCACCACCUCAGCCUCACAGCCUCGGACGCGGGAGAUCCUAUUCUCUCUGGCACACUACGAGUUCCUGUGACUGUUCUGGAUGCGAAUGACAACGCGCCAGAGUUUUCUCAGUCUGUGUAUAGCAUGAAUGUGCCUGAGAAUUUACCACAGGGGACACAGCUGCUCACAGUGAGUGCCACGGACUUGGAUGAAGGAAUAAAUGGGGAAGUCGCUUAUCAUUUCCAGAAAAUUACCGAAAAAACUUCUCAUUUAUUUCAUUUGAAUGCUUUGACUGGGGAUGUAACAGUAUUGGAAAAUCUAGAUUAUGAGGAGUGCAAUUUCUAUGAGAUAGAUAUAGAAGCUCGAGACGGGGCUGGACUUCUGGCGAUAGCCAAAGUUCUAGUCAAAGUAUUGGAUGUGAAUGACAAUGCUCCUGAUGUCACCAUCACUUCCGUCACCAGCUCAAUCUCCGAAAAUUCUUCUGCAGGGUCGGUGAUUGCCCUUUUCAAUGUGCACGACAGAGACUCUGGGGAGAAUGGUCAAGUCACGUGCUCCAUCCCAGAACAUCUGCCUUUCAAACUUGAAAAGUCCUAUGGAAAUUAUUAUAGUCUGAUGACCUAUAGAGCCCUGGAUCGGGAGCAAGUCUCCAUGUACAACAUCACAGUGACAGCCACAGAUGGAGGGAACCCCCCUCUAUCCACUGACACUUACAUCUCCUUGCACAUAGAAGACACCAAUGACAACCCCCCGGUUUUUGUCCAGACAUCCUACUCAGCCUAUGUCACGGAGAACAAUCCCAGAGGUACUUCCAUUUACUCUCUUUCUGCUCAUGACUCCGAUAUCGGGGAAAAUGGACACAUCACUUAUUCCAUUACAGAUGACUUGGUACACAGUGCACCUCUCUCCUCCUAUGUUUCCAUUAACUCUGAAACUGGCAUCCUUUACGCUCUGCGCUCCUUCGACUAUGAACAGUUCCGAGAACUGAAGCUAGGAGUGACAGCCAGGGACUCUGGGGACCCUCCUCUCAGCACCAACGUUUCCCUGACUCUGUUCAUCCUGGAUCAGAAUGACAAUGCCCCAGAAAUCCUGUACCCUGCAUUCCCCAUGGAUGGUUCCAGUGGGGUAGAGCUGGCCCCACGCUCUGCAGAACCAGGGUACCUAGUGACUAAGGUGGUGGCAGUGGAUGCAGACUCUGGCCAGAAUGCCUGGCUGUCCUACCUCCUGCUCAAGGCCACAGAACCUGGACUCUUCUCCGUGGGCCUGCACUCGGGGGAGAUCAGGACUGUGCGGGCAUUCCUGGACAAAGAUGCCCUCAAACAGAAUCUCAUAGUGGCAGUGACAGAUAAUGGGGAGCCCCCUCUCUCUGCCACUGUUAGUAUCACCAUAGCUGUGGCUGACAGCAUCCCCGAGAUCCUCUCUGAACUCAGCAAUCCCGAGGCUCCAGAUGACCUUAAAGACUCCAGCCUCACACUCUACCUCGUCAUUGCUGUGGCUGCCAUUUCCUGUUUGUUCUUCACCUUCAUUGUCAUUUUACUGGCGCUCAGAUUACAUAGGUGGAGGACCUCGAAGCUGCUGGGUGCACCGAGUGGGCAUUUUGGAAACAUCCAUUCCUCCCAAUUUGUGGGCAUUGAUGGAGUGAAAGCGUUUCUCCAAACACAUACCCAAGAGGUUUCCUUCACUGCUGACUCUCGGAAAAGCCAGUUGAUAUUUCUGGAACCAAACUAUGCAGACACUUUAUCACUUCAGCAGAGCUCUGAUAAAAAGGAACCUCCGUUAAUACCCCAUGAAUCAAUUCUCUCUAAUGAGGAUCAGUCCUUCUUACAGGUAGGUUUUAUUUUUUUAAAUAGUAUUAAUCAUAGUAUUUAA